CUACUCAGUUUUUGCGCAAUGGACAGUGUGUGAUAUUACAUUUUAGUGCAAACUUAAUCAGUUAUUUCCAAUUUACACGUACUACAAUUGGCGAUAUUCCAGCUUGUUAACUAGAGUUAGCUAACUCGUAACUAACGUUACCAACCACCUGGCCAGAGUGUGCAGCUAAAUAGCUUGUUCAUGUUUUCCUUGACGUUGUGGGAUUGCCGUUAGGUAGUGUAUUCAGGUAGCUGCAGAUGCUAACUGACUUGCUCAUUGGCACUUUUGAAUGCGGUUCAGUUCAUGGCAGCGUGUAAAACAUGGAGGACUGGGAGCAGGAGCUGGACAAUCCAGAAAGCAGCAGCACAGAAACUAAGGCAUUUGGAAGCAGUUGUUACGGAGAAGGCCAGCAAAAUGAAGGUUAUGGAAGUCAUAAUGAUAAUGAAGAGAGCUCGUGGAACAGCGGACGAGGUGGAUUUGGAGGGAGCUAUGGAGGCAGGGACGACGGAGGCAGCUCCUGGGACAGCAGUGGAGGGGGGUUUGGAGGGAGAGAUGAGGGUAGAGAUGAUGCCGGCAGCUCCUGGAACAGUGGGUUCGGGGGGUUUAGAGGGCGUGGCCAAGGCAACGUGUCAAGGGGAGGCAGAUUCAAGGGUUCCACAGAUCAUGACAGCCACUCCUGGAACAGUGGAGGAGGUGUCUUUGGAGGAAGCAAGGGGGGUGGAGAAUGUGACGGCAAUGGAAACACUGAAGACAGUGUGGGCGACUCGUGGAGCACUGCAGGGGGUGGUUUUGGAGGAAGAGGUGGUGGGCGAGGCGGAAGGGGUAUGAGGGGAGGAGGAGGAGGAAGAGGAUACAACAGCUCAUAUUCCUCAGGGAAUGAUGAUAACGGGAACGAUGGGUUCGGUGGCGGGUUCGGAGGAAGAGGUGGCCGCGGGGGUCGAGGGGGCUUCAGUCAGGAUCGUGAUGACCGAGGAGGAGGAGGAAGAAGAGGAGGUAGAAGAGGAGGAUUUGCUGGUGGUGGAGGUUACAGAGGACAGGAUGAAGAAGUGUUCUCCAGAGGGCCGUCCUUUAACGAUGAAGGGAAAGGCGAAGCUGAGGAUGGUGGUCCCAAGGUGGUCUAUGUCCCUCCCCCACCCCCUGAAGAGGAGGAGUCAAUUUUCGCUCACUACGAGACCGGGAUCAACUUCGACAAGUACGACGAGAUCUUAGUGGACGUCAGCGGCAGCAACCCACCCCAGGCCAUUGUGACGUUUGAAGAGGCCGGUCUGUGUGAAACCCUGGGCCGGAACGUUAGCAGGUCGGGCUACGCCAAGCCCACGCCCGUCCAGAAGCACGGCAUCCCCAUCAUCGCCGCGGGCCGCGACCUCAUGGCCUGCGCCCAGACCGGGUCCGGGAAAACGGCUGCCUUCCUGCUGCCCAUCCUGCAGCAGCUGAUGGCGGACGGCGUGGCGGCCAGCCGGUACAGCGAGGUCCAGGAGCCCGAGGCCAUCAUCGUGGCCCCGACCCGCGAGCUCAUCAACCAGAUCUACCUGGAGGCCCGCAAGUUCGCCUUCGGGACGUGCGUGCGUCCGGUGGUGGUGUACGGGGGCAUCAGCACAGGCUACACCAUACGAGAGGUGCUGAAAGGAUGCAAUGUGCUGUGUGGAACACCGGGGAGACUGCUGGACAUUAUUGGACGAGGAAAGAUCGGCCUGAGCAAGCUGAGGUACCUGGUGCUGGACGAGGCCGACCGCAUGCUGGACAUGGGCUUCGAACCCGACAUGCGCCGGCUGGUGGGCUCCACGGGCAUGCCCCCCCGAGAGCAGCGCCAGACGCUGCUCUUCAGCGCCACCUACCCAGAAGAUAUCCAGAGGUUGGCUGCAGACUUCCUGAAAACUGACUACCUCUUCCUGGCUGUGGGUCAGGUGGGCGGAGCCUGCAGUGACGUGGAGCAGAACGUGUAUGAGGUCACCCAGUACGCUAAACGGGACAAGCUGGUGGAGCUCCUGCAGACUACCGGUGUGGAACGCACAAUGGUGUUUGUAGAGACCAAGAGGAAAGCUGAUUUUAUUGCAACGUUUCUCUGUCAGGAGAACAUAUCUACCACAAGCAUUCAUGGCGACAGGGAGCAGCGGGAGCGGGAGCAGGCGCUGGGGGACUUCCGCUCGGGGAGGUGCCCCGUCCUGGUGGCCACGUCCGUGGCGGCGCGCGGGCUGGACAUCGAGCACGUGCAGCACGUGGUGAACUUUGACCUCCCGUCCACCGUGGAGGAGUACGUGCACCGGAUCGGCCGGACGGGGCGCUGCGGGAACACCGGGAGGGCCGUGUCCUUCUUCGACCCGGCGACGGACACCCCGCUGGCCCGCUCGCUCGUUAAAGUCCUCUCGGGGGCCCAACAGGAAGUUCCCUCUUGGCUGGAGGAAAUCGCCUUCAGUGCCCACGGCACCACUGGGUUUAACCCGCGCGGGAAGGUGUUCCCGUCCGUGGACACGCGUAAGAGGGACGCACCGCCCGUGUACGAGAGCCACGAGGAUGGGGGAGAGUCCUGGGACUGAAGGAUUCUCUGUGCCACGGAAUUCUGCUUACAGGGGUUUUUAUGCAAGGGUUUUUUUUUUUGUUGUUUUUUUUUGCAUCUUCCAGGUUUAGAAUAUGCAUGAAAUUGCAUCAUCCCAGAAGUACACUGAUGGCCAGUUUAAGAUCAAAUUGCAUUCUGCAAAGCAAGCUGUGGGACCUGUAAGUCUGUUAGUGAAGGUUAACAUUCUCCUGUAAUGGAUAUGAGUCAGAUUUGGGUAUGCGUUUGCUGUUUCUGUCCCAUGGUCUUGGAACUGCAUAACUCACCAGAGUAUAGCACCACUUUGUGUGUCUAAUUACUUUGUAAUGGGAAUAAAGCAAUACAUAGAAAGGGGCUUUUAAAAUUAUUUUCUGAGAAUAGUCUUGCUAAUUUAGCUACAUCUAGAGCAGGGCUGCUCGACCCUGUUCCUAGAGAUCAACUGUCCUGUAGAUUUUCACUCCAACCAUAACAAAGUACACCUCAUUUCACAGCUAGAGCAAAGCUACUUAACCCUGUUCCUGGAGAUCAACCGUCCUGUAGGUUUUCAUUUCAACCCCAAUUCGGCGCACCUGAUUCUACUAAUUAGCAGCUCAACGAGAUCUCUAGCUGUUGAAUGAGGUGUGCUGUUUUAGGUUCAAACUGAAAACCUACAGCAUGGUAGAUCUCCAGGAACAGGGUUGGGGCAGCCCUGCUCUAGAGUGUGUAUUUAAUACCUGUGCUGUGUGCAAUGCAGCUAUAUCCUGAUGUUCCGGAUGUUUCUUCACCCUUCUGUGUUGAUGUGUGGAAAAUGGGUGUUAGGCACAUUUUUGUGAUUAACUCCAAAAUAAAGUCUACAUCUAUGGCUAAA